AUGCUCAAGCUCUCUGCUCUCACUUUCCUAUUCGUCUUGGCUUCUGCUAAGCCACAGAACCUCGAGCUAAACCGAAUCCUCCCGCUUCCCCAGGACAACUUCAAAGUCUCCGAGAUUGGAUUCGAGAAGAUCGAGGCCAAGCCGGCUCCGGAAGUCGUCAACAACGAUGCGUCUUACGGAAACGCCGUCGACUUCUCCGUGCCAACCAGUGCCGCCAUGAUGACGUGCUUGAAGAAGGCCAAAUACCAGACUGUCUUCGUGCGUGGGUUCGCUCCAGCUGGCUCCGGAUCUUUCGACAUGAACUCUGUCGGAACCAUCCGUAACGCCUACUCUGCCGGAUUGGGAAUCGAGGUGUACAUGACUCCGCAGCCAGUCUCCAGCUAUCAAGGAUACCAACAGCUGGAUAUUCUCUACAAUGGACUCACUCAAAACGGAAUCACUGUCCGAUCUGUCUGGAUUCAGGUGAGCCACAAAAGUCGAUGAUUUUCUGAACUCUCUCGCAUUUGCAGGUCACUUCUCCUGCUAACUGGCUCAAGGACACGACCGCCAACAUCAACUUUAUCAACAGCAUCGUCUCGCGCGCCAAGCAGUACGGACUCACUGUCGGAAUCUACACUAGCCAGUACGACUGGAGCCAGAUCACCAACAACUGGAGCACACUAUCCUCGGAUACCCUCCUCUGGUACUGGAAUGUUCUCGGAAGCGGCGUUUCCGGAGAGACCAAGGCUAACUUUGACGACUUCCGCGCCUUCGGAUCGUUUAAGAAGGCGUCGGUCAAGCAGUACGCUCAAAUGGAAUCUGUGUGCCAGUUGACUGUUAACCGAGACGUUUACGCCGUCGGAAUCCCGGCGGCCGCCCAGAAAUCUGCUUAUGAGAAGGUGGAGGGAAAGAUUGUUGUUGGAGGAGUCGUUGGAUUCUGA